GCGGCCCGGCGCCCGGCCUUAUCACCGCCACACAGUCGCCUCGCGCGCCUUGCGACGCACGUCUCCUUCGCGCGUGACCUCUCUCCCCGCCAACCCGCGCGACGCCUCGCGGAUCGACACUUCGUCUCCGGUGACUUGUGAUCUGUGAAAAACCCUCUUGCACUGUGGAAACUGAGUGAACACGCGGUGCGCGCUGCGCAUAUCUUUAUUGGUCGGAGUUCCCAUUCAUAGCGUUAUAAUAUAACAAUAACGGCUGGGCUGUCAAAAAUUGUAAACAGAACACACGUGCCGCCGGCUCGCAAUAAGCGAGUUGCCGAAAUGGCGACAAAAGGCAAGCGGCCAAUGCGCGCGCUGACACCUAGCGACAAGAUUGAGGCCAUCCAGCGGGUGAACGACGGCGAGUCGAAGGCGUCAGUAGCGCGCGACAUCGGCGUACCCGAGUCGACACUGCGCGGCUGGUGCAAAAAUGAGGACAAGCUGCGUUAUAUGACCUCGCGUCUGUCAUCACCCGACACUGACAAGAGCAGCGACGGAGAGCCAUCGGAGAAGCGUGCGCGAACCGAAUCCCCUGCCGCGCCGCCCUCGCCUGCCGCCAACUGCCUCGACCUUACUACACCUACCGUCACCACAGUCGCCGCCGCCGCCGCACCACACCCACCGCCGCCAGCAGACGCUCCAGUGGAAUUAACCACGCGACGCGCCGACCCUGAGCCUGUUACAGUCCCGCCACCUCGUCGCCCAGACCCCGGAGCAAGCGUGUCAAUGAGCGCUAUCAGCCCGCUCUCAGGACUUGCUCAUUUACCUGGACUCACUCAUUCCCACCUCGGACUGAGCUUUAAUGAGAUCGCCACCAACCUCACACUGCUAGCUCAGCUCAAUCCAGGUUUAUCAGCACUCUCCGCCCAGCCAGCCAGUCGAGCACUGCGCUCGGUUCGCUCUCCGAAACCGGCACACAAUAGCCAUAAUGGGGUGCUUAAUUUAAACGAUAAGCACCGCAGCAAAUCACACCACUCCUCAGAUUUAUACCGGCACAGCAGCUCGAAGUCUGGUCUCCACCCUCCUACGUCUACCGCCAGUCAACCAGUGGACGAUACUUUGUGGUACUGGCUUAAAACGCAGCAGGCGAUGCUCGAUCUUACCGCGCAAACGACUGCAGCACAUCCCCUACAGUUGGGAAAGACACCAGAACCAAGUAUUCCUCCGAAACCUGUUGCCCCUGUCCCUUCGGUCACCGCUCACUUGGACUACAACAGAAACACCUGGCUGUGGCAGUACUACAAGCAAUUUGGUGGAGCAAUGCCACUGCCAGAUGACAAACUUAAGUCUGCUUCGCAAGUUCCUAAGGAAAAAACAUCGGAGAACAUCCUAUACUCACACCUAACAAAAAGAAAACCGGAAGAAGAGCGAAUUGUACCCACGAGUCCAGUGCAUUCUCGGCCACAACAUUCAGAGAUUAUACGUGACUCUCACCAAGAGCCUCGUGUGGCGGAACCUGCUAUUAGUCCUGAAGUGAACACAGAAAACAAGGAACCGAUCACAGAAAAAAAUCAAGAUUCGGCUCGAAACCAAACCAAAGCAAGAACCGUUUUGGAUAACUUGCUGUUCAAUAACAGUAACGAGACAGCGGGCAAAGAAUUAAAAAGCUCGGGGAACAACGAGGGAGAAUGGGAGGCGGGUGCGGCCGAUGCGCUGGAGCACGGCGACAAGUUCCUGGCGUGGCUGGAGGCCAGUGGUGACCCGAGCGUGACGCGAAUGCACGUGCACCAGCUACGCGCGUUGCUACACAACCUGCGUGCGCGCCGCCUGCCAGCCGCCGCCGAGCCCGGCGAUCACGCUGCGCGGCGCAAGUAGGCGCGCCGAGCAGACUCCGCGCUCGCUACAGGGAUUCUUCAAUUACAAUGUGUACAUAGAUAGUUACGUCGUCGCCAGUAAGCGUUCACUUGUGAUAUGUGUAGCCAAAUUUGCGUAAUUUCUUUGUUCUAAAAGAAAAGCUAUGCAUUAUAUUUCCUUUAUAUUAAGAUAAUCUGGAUAAGCAGUAGAAUCUGUUCUCUGUGAAGCUUUGUCGAAUGACUUAAAUGUAGUUAAUUAAUAUAUUUCUCAAUCACCAAACUUAAUAGUUUAUAGUGAAGUGUAAAGUGGAUGUUACUUAUCUGCAACCAUAUUUUUCCGAUGCACACAAAACUGUUAAAUAUGCGUGGUUAGGUUAAGUAGUUCGCUGUAUGUUGCCAUUUCACAAUUACAUUCCUAGUUGUACCCUUACUAUAGUUUAUAGUUGGAUCCCCUAUGUUCUACCUCAAGUCAAAACUAAUGCUAAGUCACGGCGUCCUUUCGACUUUUCGCUUGCACUUACGCAUUUUUGGAAGUACCGCGAGGGCCACAUCUUUGUGCUCUUUGUUAUACCAAAUAUUGAAAGGAUGCGCUCGACGUGGAUGUGCCAAUCGUGCGAACAAGGUAUAUUGUUAAGAUAUAGAUAACUCUAUGGCAUUAGCGCUAGGCACUCGUUGUUUUCUAUUGCUCAGUAUUUUAUAUGGUAGACAUGCUCCAUGUCUCAACUCGGAAUUGUAUUAUACGUUAAAGUUAACAGUUAAGGACACUGUGAUCAAAAUUAUAAAUUAUUGAGAGAUUAUUAAUAUUGUAAGUACAUUCCUAAAUAAUAGAGUGUAUUAUCGUGAUGUUAUUAAAGAGGUUAUGUCCAAUGGUAUAAUGUUGCACAGAGUAUCAAAAUUAAGCAACGUAAUGAGAUAGAUAAGACAGAUGGUAUCUCUAAACGGUGUGGUUGAUUUGCAUUUCAUGUUAAUUAUACUAGCUC